CUACGCGAUGUCACCUCAUUCUUGUUUCGAUCACGACGCGGUAACAAUGGGUUCCCUCAUCAUCGUUUUACUAGCCGUCGCCGGAUAUUGCAGUGAGAUACAAGGUAACACAACUCCAAUCACUGUCGCCAAACCUGAAGAUACUAAGCUCGUCGAAAGAAACAAUAUUCAUACGAUUGAGAAGGGGAUCUUCUGGAAAAAUCUCGAUAUGUCUAAGCGCAAGUCGAUGCAUAAUGAUGAGUCAAAGGUUUUGAACAACGAGACGAAUAGGAGAAAAUCGCGACUUUUGAGUAGUUUAGCCUUUCUAGCUGGCCUCAGCUUUGGGGGAUUAGCCACCGCAGCAUCCUCCACUGCCAAGACCAUCGCCAAAUUGCCACAGACAUCUUUUGGCUUAAACCUAGGUUCCUCCAAAGGUUCACCUUAUCUCGCCGCCUAUUACAAUCCUUAUCCCAUGCUAUCUUAUCCGUUCCUCCUUCCCGGUUCCAUCGGAUUCGCGCCGAUGAUCAAUUUGGCGAAACCUCAAACGACGUCGCAUAACGAUCUAUCGCCGCAAGUGAUCAGUCUGUUUGAAAACAGACCGCCGAUCGAUCUGGCGGAGGAUAACGAAGAAUAUUUAGACGAGGAGAAGUCCAAAAACAACAAGAGGACGGGUAAUGGCGACGACGGAGCUGACGAUCGUACAGAAUUGCGAGCCAAAGUCGACCGGAACGCGGAAGAGAAGAUACGCGGGUGCAAAGAGGGCCAGCGAAAACAUGGUAAUUUCUUGAAAGGAUCGAUCAGAGAGCGUGAAAAUCUCCAAGUAAAUGCCGACGAUUCGCGAGCAACCUUGAAUUUUCGAGAUGCAAACAUGACCGCCGCUAACGAGAAUCAGACCGUGACAGAAGAUACAAAUAUGGCUAUGACAACAAACCCAACUAAGAUCAUCUUCGGACCACCGAAAAACGAAACGCAUUAUUAUCCUCAUCACACGGAGUAUCCGCCCUAUCUAGGAUAUUACGGUGGGUAUCCGCAGAACGUAAAUCGCGUGGAUCUCACGACAGGUUCGAAUACGCAUCAUGAUCAUAAUCAGAUUAAUUACAAUUUACCGUAUGAGCAACGACCUAACUUUUAUCAAAAUGACAAGUAUAAUGUUUACUCGAGCUCUCACUUCAACCCACCCUUCUCUGGGCCAUUUCCGUCCGAUCAAAUAAACGAAUAUGCCGGCACGGAUGUUAACCGAUUUUAUCAUUCACCGGAAUAUCAGCCACCAUACAAUGACGGUUUUAGACCUGUGACAUAAAUUGUCUAUAUACGCUCAUUAAAUUCCAAUUCAAAUUGUGUAAAGUAUAUCGUACUUGGUAAACUUGUGAAGAAUUAAAAUCUUUGUUAUACGUUUAUUA